AUGGCCGAUUCCUUCCUCCACCUUGCCCGUCCUCUGGGUCCCGUCUCCGUGGGGACUGCCCCGACCACCGCCCCUUUGAACGUGGUCAUCCAGCCCCAGGCCGUUUUCUCUAUCCUCGACCACUCGCUGCGCCGCAAUGCCGACCAGAACCGUGUCAUCGGUACCCUUCUCGGAACACGCUCGGAAGAUGGAAGUGAGGUCGAAGUGCGCUCCGCCUUCGCCGUGGGCCACUCCGAGGCUGAGGACCAGGUCGAGGUCGAUAUGGAGUAUCACAAGCAGAUGCUGGCCUUGCACCUCAAGGCCAACCCCCGCGAGGUGCUGGUCGGCUGGUACGCCACUGCCUCGGAGCUCAACACCUUCUCCGCCUUGAUUCAGAACUUCUACAGCGGCCAGGGUGAUGGCACAUGGCCCCACCCCGCUGUUCACCUUACCGUGUCCACCGAGGCCGGCAAGGACCUCGAGACCCGCGCCUACAUCUCUGCCCCCGUCGGUGUCACCGCCGAGCGUGCUGCCGACAGCGCCGCCUUCAUUCCCGUCCCUUACGAGCUCCGAUACGGCGAGGCCGACAAGAGUGGUCUCGAGGCCAUUGCCAACGCCAAGGACACCGAGGAGCGCUCGACCAGCAUCGCCACCGAUGUCGAGGCUCUGGAGCGUGCCAUUGAGGAGGUUCUGUCUAUGAUCGACCGUGUUUCGCGCUACGUUGAGUCUGUGAUUGACGAGGAGGCUCCCGCUUCUACCGCUAUGGGUCAAUUCCUGCUCAACGCUCUCGCCUUGGCUCCCAAGGUCGAGCCUGCUGAUAUUGAGAAGGACUUCAACAACCACAUCCAGGAUGUCCUGGUUGUCUCUUACCUCGCCAACACCAUCCGCACACAGAUGGAGCUGUCUAACCGACUAGCAACCGCCCAACUGACCCUGGGUGGCGGCGAGUCCACUGGUACCGGUGGCCACGAGGGCCAGCGCAACAACCAGCGCGGCGGUAAGGGUGGUAACCGUCCUCGUCAGGACCGCGCCCAGGCCGAGGAGGCUCGCGCAUAA